AUGGCCUUCAAGGCCGUCGAACAUGCCAUGGCGGCCAUGAAGAUAACAAACAAUCUGGAGACACAAAAAUUUAUGAGGAAGAAGAGCGAGUUUUUCCUCGACGAAGCACAACGCAUCAAAUCUGUCAGCGACUGGAAGCCUCAACUCGACAUCGAUACUCAGACUUUGGACUCUCGACAGGCCAAGAACCCUAAGCUGCGCCUUUCUGCUGCACAGCUCGAAGUUUUCGAUGACUGGAAGCGUGCGAGUGAGGCUCUUCCGCCGCCAGCAUGGUAUACACCUCAGGAAAGACGAGCAGGCCCCACUAUGAGCUCUUCGCGUACCAUCGAUCUCGUCCAAGACGCUGCGACCGACUGUUCAGUAGUCGCGAGUCUUUGUGCCCUGGUUGCCAGAGGUGAGAGGGGUCAUGCAAAGAUUCUAGGCUCCAUGAUGUAUCCGUAUGACAUGGUCCAAGGACGUCCCAAGUUAUCUCCGAAUGGCAAAUACACCUUGAAACUCAACUUCAACGGAACCCACAGAAGGGUCGAAAUUGACGACUUUCUCCCCGUAUCAAGAUCGUCGAGAGUCCUGCAUGUCAUCGAUCGUCACAAUCCGAGCCUCCUAUGGCCUGCAUUAAUCGAAAAGGCAUAUCUCAAAGUCAGAGGCAGCUACGACUUCCCCGGUAGUAACUCGGGAACUGAUCUCUGGAUCUUGAGCAAGAUCUCAACCCGUACCGAACGCGCGAUUGGUCUUGCAGGAGAACACGACUAUGCCGUACUAGACAUGAGAGAAGUUGAAGGACAGAAGCUGAUGCUCGUCAAGAACCCUUGGUGUGAAGGCAUGUCAUGGCGAGGAAGCAUUCCAAGGUCUCCUAUUGAUGACGAAGACGAUGAGGACGAAGAAGUCCUCCCCUCGUCGCGAGAUCUUUUGAACCAAGACGACAAACUGACGCCCGGAACUUUUUGGAUGGACUUGAACAGUGUGAUGCAGUACUUUGAGUCCAUCUACCUGAACUGGAAUCCAGGACUCUUCCGCUAUCGUCAGGACAUCCAUUUUGCAUGGGAUUUGUCAGCAUCAUCGUCGAGCAGCAAGUAUAAAAGCUUCAGCAGCAACCAGCAAUUCUGUGUGUCUACGGCGGCCUCAAGUACUGCAUGGCUUCUACUUAGCCGUCAUUUCAAAGACGGAAAAGAAAAUGUUCAUCCUUCAGAAUACAUCAGCCUGUAUGUCUUCGACAAUAAUGGUGCAAGAGUCUACCUGAGCGAUGGAGCCGUGCAACGCGGGCCCUUUGUGGAUUCUCUACAGACUCUUGUUCGAUUGGAUAACCUGGAAGCAAACAAGAAGUACACGAUCGUCCCAGUCGAGCAAGACCUUGGACCAACUACUCACUCUUUCACCCUGUCUGUAUUUGCAAAUGCACGCAUCACUAUUGGUGAGGCGCCCAACAGAUAUCCCUGCCACAAGACCAUCACCACGGCGUGGACGGAAGAGACUGCAGGCGGUAAUGCUCACUCGCCCACAUACUCGCAGAAUCCACAAUUCAGUAUUAUCGUUCCUGUCAGAACACCGAUCGCAUUACUUCUCGAAACGGCCAUGGAGCAGCUACACGUUCACGUGAAGCUGGUGCAUGGUCGAGGCUCCCGAAUCCAAGCAGUGCGAUCCAAGGACAUUGUAUUUGACUCGAAAGACUAUCGCCGUGGAUGCGCUCUAGCACAAUAUGCAGAGCUCGAGGCAGGCACCUAUACGAUCAUCUGCUCGACGUUUGAAGCUGGUCAGAAAGGGAACUUCAAGCUGCGAGUCGAUAGUAUGGUGGCUACACAACUUUCCAUGCUCCCGCGGCAAGGUGCAGGACGACUGAGACGUGCUUGGGCCAAAGCUGCUUUCGAAGGACAGCAACGCACUUUAGCAGCACCAAUCGCACCCAGACGUCUCACAAAGCUCGAUGUCUUCGUCAAGCAGGUUCAACAGAUUGGGCUUCAGAAGACUGCGAAGACGGGCCAAAGUAGGGAGAGAAGCAUGAUUCGUGUCACAUUGGAGGUUGGCACAGGGCCCGAGAGACGGAUUUUGAUCGCCAGCUCCAACGGGGAGUACAGCGAUUCUUCUGCUGGAGUACGAACAGGCGAGAUUGAUCUAUCUCCUCAAGAGAUGGGCAAGGUAUGGCUGGUCAUCGAACGAAUGUUUACGCCCAUGGAUUCGCAGGGAGAAAUGUUCGAAAUUGAGACAUUUACAGAUGCGCCUGAUACGGUCGACAUAGGAGUCUGGAGGAGUAGGUUCGACAUCGUCUGGCCUGAUAAUGCUACUGGUCCGGAGCCGCGAGCUGGUGUUGAUGCUCUUACUUAUGGUCUCUCUACCUUGGUCAUGGCCGAGGAAAUCUUUGGCAACCGUCGUAGCCAGUCUAUGGAGCAGCGGGUAAGGAGGCGUCGUGGAAACCACUUCGCUUCCUUUACCAAGAAGUUCUCGUUAGGCAAUGACCUUAUCACUAAAGAGGGUGGUAGUGGUAAGAUGCUUGGUACUCUUGUUGCGCUAGCUAUCGCUCGAAUGCGAAGACUUGAGUCCUUCACAUGGGACAUGCCAACAGGUGUACUUAGUGCUGUGUGGGACGCUCUCUCAUCAUUAGCCGACCAUGAGGACGAUCAAUCUUGUCGCUUGGAACGAGUUGCUGUUCGUUGGCACGACAACUAUGCCGAGCCUCAUAAUGCUCCUAUUCAUAUCCCACGCCAGGAAGGUGUCACGCCUCCUUCUUUGAGUGCUUUGCGACAUGUUGAAAAUCCAUCAUUCUCUAUACUGCCUCCGCUCAAGAGCCUGAGUGUGCUUGACAUUGAUGAAGUCCAAUAUCUCGACGAGUUGAGUGUCCUGAUCGACCGGUCAGUCGACAAAUUACGCGAGCUGCGCAUUGGAAUCGCUCAUCUCGCCAAAGCCAGAGAGUUUUGUUAUGUUUGGGAAGGUGACAAUGUCCAGCAAGUCGAUCGAGCCAAUCCAGUCAUGUCUUGCAUCACAAUGGGUGAAAAGCGUCUCGGUGGUAUUCUUGGAAUCCUGACAGGCAUGAUCUUCGAUCUGCGAUCUAUUGAACACCCACUAUCAAAUCGACUGAGGCGAAGGUCUAAUGUGCCUAUUGGCCCUUCGCAAGUAUCCGGAACUGUGAGCAGCACAUCGACUACAUCUACGAUGACUUCUAGUUAUAAUCUCACGAAUUCUGGGAUAGCAACAGCAAUCGCGACCAAUACACCGUCAGAGGACAGCGCUGACGAAGAAACAAUCACCAGUGUUGAGCACAUUCAAGCCACGCCCAAGACCUCAACAAUCAACCCAGGGGCUCCUGGACAACUGAGCGCUACUGGUGAACUUCCGCAGACUACGCUACCCUAUCGUAACAAGGAUCCUUCAAACACACAAGACGCGCAUUCUGAUGUCAAGAAAGACGACCAGUCAUCGGCAUUAUCGAGAAGGCUCUCGCUGGAUGUACUCGAGCUCGAAAACAUUCCUCUAUCCAUACCGGUCAUGCUGAACACCAUCGACUGGAGUGCCUUGACCACUCUCACUUUACUCCGCUGUUUCUAUCACGAACAUUUGUGGAAAGCUUUGCGCCGCCAAUUCUCGCCUGAUCCGUCUCCUUCCAAGCCAAAAUAUCAUACUGGAGUGGUCGAUUCAGCGUUACAAUUGUCAGACAGACCAUCAGGGUCAGAAAAGACAUUCAGGCUGAAUCUGAAGCAUAUCUACACGGAUACCGUGUCGUCUUCCUUGAUCUCGUUCAUCAAAGAAACGCUUCGGCCAAAUAGUUUGGAAUCGGUGUUCUUCUUGCACAAUUCUAUAGCUUCGAGAAUCGUACCUCUUGACGCCAUCUUCAAUGGUGUUAUACGCAGGCACCGGACUAGUCUGAGGGAACUUUUGAUUGACAGCGGCGACAGAAUGCAGGAGGACCUACCAGGAGCUAAUGUGGUCUGGCGACAGUGGAUGUUUAGUCGCGAUAUCAUCAAGUUCCUUGGCAAGAUGCCAUGUCUGAGGGAGCUGGGAGCUGCACUAGACUAUCGUGACUGGCACUUCUUCUUACAGCACCUUCCAGCUCUUUCAAAGCUUCGCUCGCUCUACAUACCUUACAUCGUCAACUACAGCCAAGGAGGCUCAGGAAGCCGUAUGGAUACCAGAGAAUUAGCCCUCCAGGUUGUGGAUGUUGCGGCCCUCCGCCCAGAGUUGGAGAUCUGCUACGUUGGUAUCAUGAAGAAGUGUUUUGAGAUAUUCGAGCAAAAGCCGGGCUCUCAAACCACAGAUCACAGUGGAGCCGGAGUUGAUGAUGACUCUGGGAGCGAAGACGAAGACGACAACGACGAUGAGGCAUCAGCUGAUGAAGACGAUGACGAUGGCGAUGACAGUAAUGACACGGCCUCUGAUACAACCGACCACUACGAGGACAGCGAACUCGGCUCCUCCGAACACGAGAAUGACUCGCCGGCACUGAGACUGCGGGAGAUUCUCUACUACGAUGACAAGGUGUCUGUGUUCAAAGCCAGGCACGGAAGAUUGUAA